AUGUUUUUGAAUGAGAAGUAUGACGCAAUGGACGACACGAGUCUAUUUUACAUGAGCUCGCCGCUUCGACGAUGUGACGUGCGCUUCAGCCCGGAGGGGCUGGACAGGCCCGUUCAAAUUGGAGGGGAGCUCAGACACUGCUCCUGGUGCCGCUGCUUGGCCGCCGCGCUCGCACUCGCUCCGCUCAAUGACAUCGUGAGGCUGCAACGGCUGCAGGCAAAAGUCGCUCGCUGCCGUCUGAGCUCGAAAAAAAUCGCGAUUUACACCUUUAUAUCGAAGGAGGCGGCCGUCGCUGGUGCGAGCUGGGCCGCCUCCGCCUCCGCCGCGAGCCUCACCGAGCAGACCAACGGCUGGCGGCUGCCGCGCUCGGAUGAUCCAUCCACCGACUCACGCUCCAUCAUCGCCACCGAGGGAGAUGGGUGGAUGGCGCGGGGCCAGGACCUCGAGGUGGCACCGGAGAAGUGCACUGGUGGCCGGGUUUGGAAGGAGUGCGGCUCGAAGUGCACGCGCACUUGCGAGUCACCGCCGAUCAUGCCGUGCGUGAUGCUGUGCGUGGCUCGCUGCGAGUGCCCGGCUGGCGCGCCGAUUUGGCACAACGGUGCCUCAUGCAUUUCGGCGGAGCAGUGCUAG